GUUUCUUUCUUCUCCUUCUCCGAUUUUCAUUUGUUUACAGAGAGACAAAAAUUCGAACAGCACGCACACUAAUAUUCAUCAUCCCCUCUCCGUCUCAUUGCUAAGCGGAGAAUUUAAAACAACAAACCAGAAAUUACUUCGUCCAUUUCCUUUCUCUCAUCAGAUCCAAAUCUGCAGGGUCUCCCAGAUCUCCUAAUGUCCUCCCAUUCGGAUCUCUGAAUCCGAGCUCGCUGACGGAAUCGGGAGGGAGGAGAGAAAGAACAUAGUUGAUCGGUUUCUUCCGCCGCCAAAAUCCCCCUUGGAUCCGAUUGAGCUAUCUGGUGCAAGUUUCCGAAACGGACCCAAUCAUGAAUCCCUUCUCUUCCGGCACGCGUCUCAGGGACAUGAUUCGGGCAAUCCGUGCUUGCAAAACUGCUGCAGAGGAACGCGCUGUUGUUAGAAAAGAGUGUGCUGCUAUACGUGCUGCCAUUAAUGAAAAUGAUCAAGAUUAUAGACAUCGUAACCUGGCAAAGCUCAUGUUUAUUCACAUGCUUGGCUAUCCAACGCAUUUUGGGCAAAUGGAGUGCCUGAAGUUGAUUGCAUCACCUGGAUUUCCUGAGAAGAGAAUAGGAUAUCUUGGGCUGAUGCUGCUUCUUGAUGAAAGACAGGAGGUCCUAAUGUUGGUCACGAACUCUGUAAAGCAAGAUCUUAAUCAUACAAACCAGUAUAUUGUGGGACUUGCUCUUUGUGCUUUGGGGAACAUUUGUUCAGCAGAAAUGGCACGGGAUCUAGCACCUGAAGUAGAGAGACUGCUGCAAUUCCGAGACCCAAAUAUUCGGAAAAAAGCAGCCUUAUGCUCCAUAAGGAUUAUAAAGAAGGUCCCAGAUUUGGCAGAAAAUUUCAUCAAUCCUGUUGCAGCUUUACUCAAAGAAAAGCACCAUGGUGUCUUGAUCACAGGAAUUCAACUUUGUACAGAUCUAUGUAAAGUGAGUCCCGAGGCCCUGGAAUAUUUUAGAAAGAAAUGCACGGAUGGUUUGGUAAGGACUUUACGAGAUCUUGUAAACAGCCCAUACGCACCAGAGUAUGACAUUGCUGGAAUCACAGACCCCUUUCUUCAUAUUAGACUGCUAAAGCUCUUGCGUGUGCUAGGCCAAGGAGAUGCUGAUGCUAGUGAUGCUAUGAACGACAUACUCGCUCAGGUGGCAACAAAGACCGAAUCAAACAAAAAUGCAGGAAAUGCUAUUUUGUAUGAAUGUGUUGAAACCAUCAUGAGCAUAGAAGAUAAUGGUGGCUUGCGAGUGCUUGCUAUAAAUAUACUAGGAAGAUUUUUGUCAAAUCGUGACAACAAUAUCAGAUAUGUUGCUUUAAACAUGCUGAUGAGGGCUAUUACUGUAGAUGCUCAAGCAGUGCAGAGGCAUCGUUCAACAAUUUUGGAGUGUGUAAAGGAUUCAGAUGCAUCAAUUAGGAAAAGAGCCCUUGAACUGGUUUACCUCCUGGUCAAUGAGAGCAAUGUCAAACCCUUAACUAAAGAAUUAGUUGACUACUUGGAAGUUAGUGAUCAAGAUUUUAAAGGAGAUCUGACUGCCAAAAUUUGCUCCAUCAUUGAAAAGUUUUCGCCCGAGAAAAUUUGGUAUAUUGAUCAGAUGCUCAAGGUUCUCACAGAGGCUGGGAACUUUGUAAAAGAUGAAGUAUGGCAUGCCCUAGUUGUUGUGAUCAGCAAUGCUUCGGACCUCCAUGGAUAUACAGUAAGAGCAUUGUUUAGAGCAUUGCAGACUACAGCAGAACAGGAGAGCCUUGUCCGAGUGGCAGUUUGGUGCAUAGGGGAAUACGGGGACUUGUUGGUGAAUAAUGCUGGAAUGCUUAACGUGGAAGACCCUAUAACAGUAACGGAGUCUGAUGCCGUUGAUGUUGUGGAGAGCGCAAUAAAGCGCCAUGCCUCUGAUCUGACCACUAAGUCAAUGGCAUUGAUUGCGCUAUUGAAGCUAUCCUCACGUUUUCCAUCUUGUUCAGGGAGGAUCAAGGACAUAGUUGUGCAACAUAAAGGAAGUCUUGUGCUCGAAUUGCAGCAGAGGUCGCUGGAAUUCAACUCCAUAAUUGAGAAGCACCAGAAUAUUAGGUCUGCCCUGGUUGAACGGAUGCCAGUAUUGGAUGAAGCUAGUUUUGGUGGAAGAAGAGCUAGUUCUUUGCCGAAUACUGUUUCAACUUCCAAUGGCACUGCAGUGAAACUUCCCAAUGGAGUUGCAAAGCCCUCUGCAGCUCCUCUUGUAGAUUUGCUUGAUCUUUCUGAUGAUGUACCUGCUCCUAGCUCAUCUGGUGGUGAUUUUCUUCAGGAUCUACUUGGUGUUGAUUUAGCACCUGCCACUCAAUCAGAAGGUACAAGUCAAGCACCGAAGGCUGGAACAGACGUUCUAUUAGAUCUGCUGUCUAUUGGAUCGAAUCCUGCACAGGACAACAGCGUAUCUACACCUGAUAUCUUAUCUUCUGCACAAGAUCACAAACCCGCAAUCGCCUCAUUGGAUGUGCUCGCAGCACCUUCCCUUACCCAAGCCUCUUCUUCUACAGCUUCCAAUAUGAUGGAUUUGUUGGAUGGUUUCACUCCAGCUCCACCAAAGCCUGCAAACAACGGUCCUGCUUAUCCCUCCAUAGUUGCAUUCGAGAGCAGCUCAUUGCGGUUAACCUUCAACUUCUCAAAGCAACCUGGGAACCCUCAGACAACAACGAUUUCUGGCACUUUCACAAACUUGUCAUCUAAUGUGUUCACAGACUUUGUUUUCCAGGCUGCAGUUCCAAAGUUUCUGCAACUUCACUUGGAUCCAGCUAGCGGUAACAGCCUACCUGCUAGCGGGAACGGGACCAUCACACAGAGUUUGAAAGUCACAAACAGCCAACAUGGGAAGAAACCACUAGUGAUGCGCUUAAGGAUAGCGUACAAGGUCGACGGCAAAGAUGUGUUGGAGGAAGGACAGAUCAACAACUUCCCUCGCGAUUUGUGAAGAACCUUACUUCCAGCAUCAUUUUCCAUGUACGAGUUCUUUCUGUUUUUCCUUUUGCUUUACCCCCCACCCGUCCGCUGAGAACCUGCAUUUCACUUCUGUAGGCGUAGUUUUAAGAUAAAUCUUUGGUGUCCAUGAUUGUAAUUUGAGAGUGAGAAGCGAGAGACAGUUGUAGGCCUCUGGGGGUCGAAAUAUUUUUUUCCCCCCAGAGAGUUUGAGAGAUAUAUGCAUAUAUAUGUUGCCAAAAGAUCCAAUUGAAUCACUUCUUUUACAGCUCUGGUUCUUUUCGCACACCGGUUUCAGGUUCAUUGAGCUAAAGAUUUGCCCUGUUUAUGGGUCUUGAUAGGCUUUGUGUACAUUAUUACCAAGAAAAUACUUUCUGUAAGGAUUUGUAAGAGUUAGAAUUGUUUUCUUUUGGCUAUUUGAGGCUCAGAGAAGGGAACAUUACAUUUGUGUCUGUGGUUCUGUGAUUGUUUCGCUGCUUGUAUUUUAUAUAAUUCAUAGUAUAUUUUUAUACAUAAAUAAUACA